AUGGAAACCUUUUUUCUUAGUGUAGGAAUGGUUAAGACAAGGAGUAUGACUAGAAACCAUAAUCAUGAUGAUGAUGCAUCAUCAUCUAGCAGGAAGAAGAGGUUCAAGACUUAUGACCAUGGUGGUGUGGCACCUUGGUUAGAACCUAACCAUGAUUUGCUUUUUUUAGUUAUGAUGCAACUGGGAGUUGUUGAUUUUCUUUCAUUCAGUGGAGUUUGCAAGUCAUGGAGGUCACUUGCACUCUUGAACAAAAGCAGGUUUAUGGCUUCCAGACCACCCAUGUCCAUGUGGAUUUCUAAUGAUGCUAACGAGAAAGAGUGCUACUGUUUUCUAGAGGACUUUAAAGGAAAGAAGUUCAAAACCCUCCUUCCCCAUUCCACUUACACUAAAUAUAUCAGAUUAACUUGUGGUUACUUGGUGAUGUUAUGUUUGAAAACCAACGAUUACUGGCUUGUGAAUCCUAUCACGAAGCAUGAACUUCAUUUCCCUGCUGUCCCCUAUAUAUCAAAUUUUAUUCCAUUCAGGGCUAUCCUGGUCUUUUCACCUUCCCUAUCUAGGUGGUUGUUUGUUCUUAUUCAAAGAUUCUCCCGUUUAAUAUGGUUUUCAAUAGUGGGUACAGGUGCAUGGAAUCAUGUCUCCUCGACUUUCUUCACCCUUGAUUUACAUGCUUUCCAGGGGAAGAUAUAUAUCCUAAAUGAGCGAUAUGGUUUGUGUGAAAUGAGUCUCAGUCCAGAGCCCAAGUUAACAUUACUUGAAAUCAGGAAUUUUCCAAAGCGGUGUUCCUUCAUUUUGCUGCUUGUAAGUUCGGAUGAAAACCUUUAUGUGAUUGAUCACGAUUUAGAAGAUUCGAUUCAAGAACUUGAUUUUGGUGAAAUGAUAUGGGUGUCACCAAAAGAAAAGGCAAUAAGAGAACACGCUUUCUUUCGUAGCUACUUGAUGUGUUGGACUGCUAUAAAACCAGAGUCAUGGGAUGGCCCUCAUCCACAAUACAACAAAUAUGAUUGCUUCCUUCACACUACUGAGAAAUGUGAAAAAGGCAAGUUCUUUUCAUCAAGCAUGUGGUACUUUCCCCAUGAUUGUUUGAAUGUUGAUCUCAUAAAUAAGUGA